AUGAGCCCUGGCAGGGAGACGAACCGCUCGCCGCUGCAUGACCGCCGGAACCCGUCGCCGAGAUACCACGCAAUUGAGGGCGCCGCGAGUCGUGCUUUGUGGGAAGAGAUGCAGAACCUCGCGCUGCCGGUGCGCACGAGCGCCAGUCGGCGCAACCAGGAGAGCAGGAGUUACUUUACGAGCUACACGCCGCCGAGCUCUACGGAGGCCAUCAAUGGGCCGGUGAGGGAGCCGGUGAGGGAGCAGCCGCCGAUGACUGAUCGGUUGAUUGUGGGGGUGGAUUUUGGCACGACGUUUUCAGGCGUCGCCGCAGUGUACACAUCAACGCCAGACGACGUCGAAAUCAUCAAGACGUGGCCAGGAGGCAACGGCAUCACCUCAGACAAGGUGCCCACCGAGAUUACAUACAGCUUCCCCCCCGACGCCUCGCCCGGCGCUGAGCCCACGGUAAAAUGGGGUUUCCAGUUCAAGCCAGACGAGUCGAGGCUCCGGUGCAUCAAGCUGUUUCUUGAUCGCGCCCAGAAGCUCCCCUUUUACGUCAGCCCCCUCGACACGGCGGCGCAGCUCAAGAAGUUUAACAAGAACGUCGUCGACGCCGUCAGCGACUACCUCACCCAAAUCUACCGGCACACCAUGGACACCCUGACGCGGCGCUACGGAGAAUCCUUCAUGGCCUCGACAAAGGUCGAGUUCGUCCUGACGUGCCCGGCGGUUUGGAGCGACACGGCAAAGAAUACGACGCUGCAGGCGGCUGAGCGGGCGGGCAUGGGCAGCCGCUCCGAGAUUCAGAUGAUUAGCGAGCCUGAAGCGGCGGCUGUAUACACGCUUAAAGCGAUUCAGCCCAAUCACUUGAACAUUGGGGACAACUUUAUCGUGUGCGACGCAGGAGGCGGCACAGUGGACCUAAUUGCCUAUAAAAUCAUAUCGCUAAAACCCUUGAGGGUCGAAGAGUCUGCCGUGGGAACCGGUGGGCUGUGUGGAAGUGCCUUUUUGAACUACAGGUUCGAGGAGCAUGUUCGGACGAGGUUGGGCCAGGCCCGCUUCGACGAGAUGAAGACGAAAAAGGGCAAGACGUGGCAGAUGGGCUUGCGGUACUUUGAAGAGUUUGUCAAGCGUAAUUUUAACGAGGACGAGCAUCAGGAGAUUAAUGUCCCUUUUCCCGGACUCCCAGAUGACGAAGACGCAGGGCUGGACUCGGGAUUCAUGGUCAUGAGCGCAGAGCAGAUCAAGGAAAUCUUCGAGCCCGUCGUCAAGGAAGUCUGCGAUCUUGUCCAAGGCCAAGUCGAAGGACUCCGUGCCAAGGGCGGCAUCGUCUCGGGCAUCGUGCUGGUCGGAGGGUUCGGCCAGAGUGACUAUCUAUACCGGCGUCUCAAGUCGCACUUUUCGAGCGCGGCGCCGCCUCCGUACAGCGAGAGACCGACGCAUGCGACCGCGAGCGCGUCGCAGGACGGCGGGUCGAUCGAGGUGAUGCAGCCGGUUUACGCGUGGACGGCGGUGGUGCGUGGGGCGGUGCUUCGGGGGCUGGAGGGCAACAUGGUGAUUUCGAGGAAGUCGAGGAUGCACUACGGGACGUCGUUUGCGACGGUGUACGACGAGGAGAAGCACUCUGUGAGUGAACGAUACUGGUCGCCGCUGUGGGAGCGGUGGAUGGUGUCUGAUCGGAUGCAGUGGCACAUUGCCAAGGGCGAGGCGCUUUCUCCUCUGUCGCCCAUUGCCUUCCACUACACCCGCAACUUCCGGCCGGGCCAGUCUCUCAUCGUGACGGACGACCUGAUUGCGUGCGACGCGGACGAGCCGCCGGCGGCGCACACGCGCGACCUAAUCAACGUGUGCACGCUGACGACGGAUCUGAACGCCGUGCCGAGGAGCCUGUUUACGCGGUUGACGACGACCAGGGGGGUGGAGUUUGACAACCUCGACUUUACGCUGGAGAUGAUUGUCGACAGUGCGGGGUUGGGCUUUGAGCUCAAGGUUGACGGGGUGCGUCAAGUACAAGCAUGUACAGAGCAAAAGAUUGCUUGCGACAAGACGCUGCCGCACUGCCGCAACUGCGUCAAGAAGGGCCGCCAGUGUCUCGGAUACGGCCUGAAGCUGUCGUGGCCGCGCAAGGGCGACGAGAGGCGGUCGGCGUCGUCGCGCAAGGAGCAUUUCAUCAUCCCUAUCCGGACCAAGGACGCCAUUUUCAUCAAUGCCACGAGCGACGACGUUAGGGGGUCUCAGGACAACGCCCUGGCUCGCUAUGACGAAACCUCCUUUGGCGAGGUUUGGUUGACGCGGCAGCCCAACUUUAACAUGGCAAGGCUGGAUCCCUUCCUUGCGUCGCAUUUCAGAAUGUCAUUUCAAGACGACAGCUUACCGUCGCUGGCGUCGAGGUAUGCCAUCAGUGCGCUGUCGUAUCAGCAUCUGGCCAUGGACAAGACGGCCGUCAUGCAUCAGACGAGAGCGAUCCGAGCGCUCCAGUCGGCGAUUGAGACGGCGGUUCCCUCGGAGUGUAUGCAGUUGAUGGCGGCGAGCAUGCUUCUAAACAUUUACGAGACGCUCAACUUUGACACGUCGGAUCUCAGCUGGUCCAUCUUCUUCUGCGGCACAAAACGACUUGCCAACUACGUCACCAAAACGGACGACACCUUCUUUGGGGACGAGGCACUCAUCAUUGACUGGAUCUUUUACCACGACGUCAUGUACAAGUUUAGUAUUCGCCAUUGGAUCGAAAAGAACAAGGAUCAGAUCAUGUUGGCGUCGCAGAGAAAAGUUCUCUCCAAGGCCGUGUUUUCGCCAGAGAGACAGACGAUUGUUCCCAUCCUUGGCUGCUCCUUGGAACUGCUCGACCUACUUUGCCAAGCCGUAGAUACCGUUUACGAGCCCGGUGACCCCGAUUACCAAUCCGAGUCACACCUAAAGCUAGUCCGAUCCCUAGAGAUUCGCCUAAAGUAUCUGCAGCAGCGGCAAUCUACAGUAUCGUCCCUAGAUGGGCUCGAGAUGAAGCAGGAGGCAACCGUUGCCGAGCUGUAUCGCCUUUCCGCCCUCAUCUAUCUCCUGCGGAUGGCCAAGGGUGAGCCCGAUAACUCGAAGAACGUUGUCCCCUUGGUCGACCAGGCGUACGAGUUGCUCGACCAGCUGGUAUACUGCGAGCGACCCUGGCCCCUGUUUGUCAUUGCGCUCGAGGCGCGUUCUGAGGAGCACCGCAUGCGCAUGCUGAGGGUGCUCGAGAAGUCGCUGGAGCGUCGGCCGCUGGGGCCCAUGAGGCUGGUCAACAAGAUGAUACCCGAUGCCUGGACGCAGCAGGAUCUGCGCGAGUCGUCAAUAGAUCCUUUUACGCUCUACGGCAUGAUUAUCAGCAGGCACCGGGUGCCGCCGUGCUUUACAUGA